AUGUCUUCAUCUACGACGCCUUCGAAACCCCCAAUAACAUCGUAUCACUCUGCCGUCUCUGAUUCUACGGUCGUAGAUGAGUCCGGUACGAGGAGUUCUUUACCUGCAUUACCAAAGGGAGCAGCUAUGCCUGCAGUGUUGCCGGGUGUAUAUGGCGGUUCGGACUCUCCACCUUCGACUCCAUCCCAGAGACUCCUUGACACCUCCAACCCACCCUCCAGACGUAGCUCCAAUGUUCCGCUUAGCAGUGGGGGCGCGCCCGGCGGUAAUGUGCAAUUCACCGAUGCGGAGAAACCGGAACCUCGUCCUAGACAUCCCAACCCCGAAAACUUUGUCGCUCAAGAUUCUGAUGACGUCGAUAUGAAGAGUGAUCGUUCGGAUACUUGGGUCCCGCUACCAUUGAGGACGUGGUUUUGGUUAUCGCUGGUUGUAUUCUUGGCGGGUGGGGCAAUUGCUCUGGAGGUUGCGCUACACUUUAGCAAUAAGAACCAAGGGUGGGCCACCAAAGGGGAUAUUACUGACUCGCAAGAUGUUAUGCACUAUGUUUAUACCCUACCACCUGUUGCUGUCGCUGCCUUCUUAGUCGCUAUGUGGACUUGGACGGAUAUCGAAAUCAAGAAGAUGCAACCCUACGUCGACCUUGUACAUGGGGACUCGCCGCCGCAAAGGAGUCUGUUGCUUGAUUACACACGGCACAAUAAUUUCAUCGUAUGGGCCCAUGCUGUGUCAAACAAGCACUACCUCGUCAUGAUCACCUCCUUCAUGGUCCUUCUAUCGCUUUCCUUCCAGCCCCUAGCAGCCGCUUUGUUAGUCGUCAAAGAUACAUGGAUGACAGAGCCCGACUCUACUGUAAACAACUUAGCUUUGCUUGGUCUCAAUCAGAACGACGAGUUCGGAAAUCUUACUACAUUUGUAACUGCCGCCGGGUUUGCCGCCGCCUCCAUCUUGUACAACCUCCCUGAACCACCCUUUGUUCACGGUGCUUACACUAUCGCGCCUUUCGAGAUUCCUAGAAACAGCAUUGGCAAUGGAACCGUCGUCACCAAUACAACAGCCGUCAAGAGUGAAUCCGGUUGUCGGCCCAUUCAGAUUCAAAUGCUGCAACUUGCUGAUGGCAGUGGAUGGAACAACUCCGUCAACAGUAACGGGUGCACUUUCACUUGGUCUGUGGAUAGAAAUGCGACGACACUCUUUGGUGUGGACAACCCAAAUUGUGAAGGACAGACAGAGCCCCAAUUUGCGCCUGUCAUAUUCUGGUUCUUCACGUACCAGCCAACCGCGAUGGCUUCAGGGACAAUAUGCUCCCCUUCCUUCUCCCUCUUCGAUGUCAACGUUAAUGUCGAUAUUGCGUCGCAAAAUCUAACCCAAGUUACUGAACUCCGGCCGUUCAAUGCCGCGAGCUCGAACUUCUCUGACUUCGCUGGGAACGUCACAGGACCUCCGUUGAAUGGGAGGGCGUACAAUGGCAUUGACUUUGCAUUUGCAUUGGACAACCCAGACAGGUUCAUAAGACAGAGACGAGACUCCGUUCGCCUACAAAUGCCCGCGGCGGUUCUCCAAGCAGCGAGUCAGAGUGCUGAAGGGCUCGAGAGCUCCUUCCAGGCAGACCGUUUUGUUCAAUUGUCCACUCGAGUCUAUACGACAUACCUCACGCUUAUUGCGAAGGAAGUGUACUUCUUGGGUUAUCCCAAUGACCGGCGCCCCAUCAAUGUUCAGGUUAAGCAAUGGGUUAAACGCUUAUUCCUCAGUGACGUCUCUGUGCACGUCCUGGCUCCUUUCAUGCUUCUCCUCGCGUUCUUGAGUACAUUCAUCCAGAUUUGGCAUCGCUUUUCGCGUCGCAACUUGCGUCUUCGCCACGAACCAGGGACCAUUGCCUCUGCCGUCGCCAUUGGUGGCCAAACAUCCGCGGGAGAGCUUCUUUCCGGCCAGCGCAGUGAGAAAGACCUCAGCAAUGUCCUUCGCGGGAAGAAGUUCCGUAUCGAACCGCUGACGAUGAAGAUCAUUAUGGAGGGCGAGGACGGAUACGAGGACGCUUCAAGUCCAGGGCUGAGGCGGCGCUCGCAAGGGUUCUUCAGCACUCCUUUGCUAUCACAGGAAUUAGCAUAG